UGUAAUAGCAAAGCAUCUCCCCCAUCUUCUUCUUCUUCUUCUUCUUCUUCAAUCUCUCUCCGUCUUUCUCAGUCUGAAAGUGAAGCUGAGCACACGAUGCAGGCCAUUACGAGGCGCGCUGGGCAUCGAUAUCUGAGCCCCUCAUCGUCGUCGCUCAAGUCAAUCUACCCUACCUCCGAUCAUUAUUAUGGAGCCGAGCGUCCUAAGUACGGAUCUACCCUCGCCACUAAGGGAGUGGGGCACCUUGUUCGCAAGGGCACUGGUGGAAGAUCAUCUGUUAGUGGCAUUGUAGCAGCAGUUUUUGGAUCUACUGGGUUCCUUGGUCGUUAUCUUGUACAACAACUUGCCAAAAUGGGAAGCCAGGUAUUAGUACCAUUCCGUGGUUCUGAAGAUUCUCAUCGUCAUCUCAAGUUGAUGGGAGAUUUGGGGCAGAUAGUACCAAUGAAAUACAAUCCAAGAGAUGAAAGUUCAAUUAAGGCGGUAAUGGCGAAAGCUAAUGUGGUUAUCAAUCUUAUUGGGAGAGAAUAUGAGACAAGAAACUUUAGCUUUGAGGAAGUGAAUCAUUCCAUGGCUGAACAACUCGCAAUGAUUUCCAAAGAGCAUGGGGGUAUCAUGAGAUUUAUUCAAGUUUCUUGCUUAGGGGCAUCUCCCUCAUCAGAAUCCAGAUAUCUAAGGGCUAAAGCUGCUGCAGAGGGUGCUGUUUUAAGUGCAUUACCAGAGGCCACCGUUAUGAGACCUGCUGUGAUGAUUGGUACAGAGGAUCGAAUUUUGAAUCGAUGGGCUUUUGUUUCAAAAAAAUAUGGCUUUCUUCCACUUAUAGGGGAUGGGUCUACCAAAAUCCAACCUGUGUAUGUUGCUGAUGUUGCUGGUGCAAUCGUUUCGGCCCUGCAAGAUGAUGGCACCAGCAUGGGAAAAGUUUAUGAACUUGGUGGGCCUGAUGUCUAUACAGUGCAUCAAUUGGCAGAGCUUAUGUUUGACAUGAUCCGGGAAUGGCCUCAUUACGUGAAGAUUCCAAUCCCAAUCGCAAAGGCAAUUGCAAUGCCUCGAGAAAUCCUGCUUAAAAAAGUUCCGUUUCCAUUGCCAAAUCCUGAAAUCUUCAACCUAGAUCAAAUCCUUGCCCAAGCUCCAGAUACAGUUGUCUCAGAAAAUGGUAAGAUAAAUAUUAGGAUUAGUUUUGUCAUUUCUUUUACAGUUGAUAUUCUCAUUUUCCUCAAUUGUGUGGUGUGCUCUGUAGCCUUGACUUUCAAUGAUCUUGGAAUUCUGCCCCAUAAGAUCAAGGGUUACCCUAUUGAGUUUCUUAUCCAAUAUCGGAAGGGCGGACCAAACUUCGGUUCUACAGUCAGUGAAAAAGUUUCUCCAGAUUCUUAUCCAUGAGUUUCUCAGGCUCUCAAAUUCUGAAAUGCUUUUAGUCCAGGAGGGCAACCCACUCGGAAUCUUCAAAUCAGGUUUUCAGAGAGGGUUGCCUUCUGUUGAAAAAUUGUAGGAAACAAUAAAGGAUGUGGAGAGUUAGUAUUUUACAGUUUCAUAUCCGUAACAUUUGACUGAAUUUCACCCAUUUGUAAUUUCAAGAUAGCAUGGAUUUUUUGUUUUCAUUUUCGCUGAUUGCUCAUAAGCCCCGAGUAUAGGGGAAUUCCAUGUAUCUACCUUUUGCUCUACAUUAGUAAAGAAGUGUUUUCCUCUUGAAC